UGGGAACGUCUCGAACAUGCACCUAACGUCCCGCACUUGGCCCCUAGUGACUCUCAUCUGUUUGAUCUGCUAAGAACGAAGGUUUCGGUGACGACGAAGACGUUGAAACGGAGGACUAACCCCGCAGUACCAAUCGGAUAGGAGACUGGGUGAUCCCAAAGGCCGGGCUGAACGCUGUGAAGAAGAGAAAACUCGCCUGCCUCUCUCAGGGAUCGAACCGCGACUUUCCUGUCAUCCAGCCCGUAACAUAGUCAUCAAUCCGACUGAGUAAUGUUAAACCAAUCCUGCAGUUCUUAGUGGCUACAGUGCCUCCACGGUCAGGUGUUCAGCGCUACCCUUGCUUCCACGUAUAAUGUGCACAUCCACAGUAAAACCCGGGCGUCUUGUGUCAGCGUGAGUUACAUGGGAGGGCUCAAUGGUGUCAAUGGUCGCCACAAACAUGGGCAGACCCAGAUUCAAGAAUCACUACGACCCCCGGAAGGAGGCUGGGGGUGGAUGGUUGCCUUUGGAAUGGCUCUCAUGUUUAUUUCCACUUCUGGUCACUACCUCUCCUUCGUCCCACUCUUCAGCGGAAUUCUGGAGCAGUUGGGUGAGCAGACAACAGGCGCUACUAUCAUCAUGACGGCCCUGACUGCGUCUGUCAACUUCACAGGGCUGGUGACGAACCGUCUGUUGAGGACCAUGUCUUACCGUGUGGUGGCCAUGUUGGGUGCAUUCCUCUUCGCGCUGGGUAUGUUGCUGACGGUCUUUGCCCAGAGCAUGGUACAUAUUGUCGUCACUUACAGCAUAAUCGCUGGUAUUGGAAUGGGUCUGGUGGCGCCCUCCUCGUACCUGGCCAUCAACUCGUACUUCGUCUCAAGACGUGGAUUGGCAAUGGGGUUCUGCCAAGCUGGGAUUGGCCUCGGCUUUAUCGUCGUACCGUACCUGGUGGAGGCUAUGUUGCAUAGCUACGGUUUCAGGGGCACGAUGCUGCUCUUGGCGGGCAUUUCCUUCAACUCCUUCGUGGGAGCUCUGCUUUACCAGCCGGUGGAGUGGCACACGGUCCUCUUAAGGCUUCAUAAGACGAUAGUAAAGGAGGACGAAAGCGAUAUGGAAGACGUACCUCUGGGUUCGAGACCAAUAUCAAUGAUUGGCGCCACUACACUGUUCAUGGACGUCAUACCCGACGAGGAAGACGACUUAACUAUGGUUUGUUCCCACGGUAACAGUUUAGCAAACAAGACUGCGGAAGAUACGCUGAUGUCUGACGACACAGACUGUGAGGACCAUGUUGUUAUCUCACGAAGGGGCAGCAUCAUUAUAUCUUCGAUGCCUGAUGGACGGUCCCACCAACUCCUGCUUCCAGUCCAGGAAGAAACUGGAGAAACAGGAAGGCAAGAUCUCACGCAGUUCCGCAAGUCGCAAGACAAUCGUGACGGUUGGACCACAAUAAAACGGCCGUCGAUUUCCUUGGCCAACUACGGGAGUAAUGUACUUAUGUUUGACAAUACCAUUGUGGACAAUUCACCGAGGAAAGCUAUUGGUGAUCACAUCCUGAAGGCUUUGCACAAGGUGUCCGACCGAUUCAUGCAGCCAAAGAAUGAGCACACCUGGACAUUACUUCGGCAGGUUCCUGACGAAGCAGAGGAAGGAGAUUACGCAACAUUCAGCAAGCCUUCCACAUCUUCAGACCCGCCUCCUUCAGUAAUCGGGCCUCGCAAAUCCUCGUGCUGUCUCCGUUUAGCAAAUUCGCUGAGCCAAUCUCUUGAUUUGGCGCUCCUUAAGGACCCAAUUUACGUAAAUAUUGUUCUGGGACUUUCAGUGUCCUUUGCGAGUGACACCAUUUUCUUCACCGUCUUUCCAUUCCAUCUGGCACAGAAGCCCUGGCCGGCUUUCUCAGAUAAAGAAGUGGCACUUUGUCUGUCCAUAACCGCCGGCGCCGACGCAGUAGCCAGGCUCAUCUUACCCAUAGUGACGGACAGACUUGGAGUCGGUCCUCGUGUGGCCUAUCUUCUAGGAUGCUUCUUGUCUGCAGUCGUGAGGUCAAUUUUCGCUAGUGUGCAUGGAUUCCUGACAAUUGCCACCAUGUCUGGUGUAGUGGGCUUUCUGAAAGGCGCUCUCGUUGUUAAUCAGUCUCUCAUUAUCGCCGAGCAAUGCCCUCUGGAUCGUUUCGCGGCAGCGUACAGCCUUUUCAUGGUCAUCAAUGGUGUAAUUACAUUAUGUCUUGGACCAGCAGUUGGUGUGAUUCGAGAUAAAACCAAUAGUUUUCCCUUCAGUAUUCAUGUGCUGUCAGCAAUUCUAUUCCUGUGUGUGUUAAUGUGGGUGCUGGAGUACAUCUGGGUAUCAUGCAGGGCACACACCCUGAGGUCCCUCUCUCACACCCUGAAGACGCGGCUAUGUUGAAAGCUGGUGAAUGAGAAUGUAUUUGGAUCUCUACAAGUGACACUUCUACAUUAUUCAUGGACUAUAUUUAUACAAAAAAAUAUAAUACUAACACUGUGAAGUGUUCUUUUUUAAAUAAAUAUUAAAUCGAAAAUACCCAGUAA